AUGGGGAAGAAGAGGCAGAGAGAGAGGCAUCAGAAUCCAGAGCCAUUUCUCGCAGAAGAGAAUGGCUCUGUGGCCUCGAAGAAGCAAACCAAGUCCAAGCAGCACCAGAUGGAAGAGAAGCUGAUAUCUUCGGGCAUGAGCUCGAAGAUCCUCAAGGAGGCUCUGGCUCAGCAGAGGGAGGUCGAGGACGAGGAGAACCGUGCCCAAAACCCUAACAAUUCCUUAUUAAACGUCACUGAAGACCCGCGCAAGGAUGAAGCAGCUGAGGAAGAGGAAGACAUCGAUGACUUCGGUGGAUUCUCUGAAACACAGAGCCGUUUUGGCGGCCAUGAAGAGAAUGAUGAACAUGAUGAGAAAUUAUUAAACGAGAUUGAUGAAGAUGAUGAGAAUCUUUUAGAGGCAUUCUUGUCAAAGUCUGCAGGUCCACAACGUACUCUUGCAGACCUCAUUGUCGCAAGAAUUAAAGAGAAGGAUUCAGAUGUCAGCUCAGAUGCUAGGCCUUUGCCUAAAUUGGAUACCUCCCUCAUAGAAUUGUAUAAGGGAGUUGGCAAGUUUCUUAGUAAGUACACUGCUGGCAAGGUUCCCAAACCAUUCAAACACAUCCCUUCAGUGCCUCGAUGGGAGGAUGUCCUAUAUUUGACUGAGCCUGAGAAUUGGUCACCAAAUGCAAUGUACCAAGCUACGAGAAUUUUUGCUUCCAAUUUGGGUAAGCAGAAGGUAGAACGUUUCUACAAGCUUGUGUUGCUCCCACGAGUGAGAGAAGACAUUCGGAAGCAUAAGCGCUUGCAUUUUGCCCUAUAUCAAUCUUUGAAAAAGUCUUUGUACAAGCCUGCUGCCUUUUUCUUAGGAAUACUUCUUCCGUUGUGUGAGUCAGGGACAUGUAAUCUAAGAGAAGCUGUUAUUUUUGGGAGCAUUAUAGAAAAGGUCUCCAUUCCUCCACUUCAUUCAAGUGUUGCAUUAAUGAAGCUUGCAGAGAUGAAAUACUGUGGCACAACGAGUUACUUUAUAAAGCUUCUUUUGGAUAAAAAAUAUGCCUUACCAUAUCGCGUACUUGAUGCUGUUGUUGCACAUUUUAUGAGAUUCUUGGAGGAAACAAGGCUAAUGCCUGUUAUAUGGCACCAGUCACUUCUUACAUUUGUGCAAAGGUACAAAAACGAAUUACAAAAGGAGGAUAAAGAUAAUCUUAGAAAUCUUCUUGAAAAGCAAAAGCACUAUUUGGUAACCCCUGAAAUAAGAAGGGAACUAGAUCAUAGCCGCAAUCGUGGAGAGAAAGAGGAUGAUCUUAUGCUGAGUUGGCCAAAGGAAUCUCCUAUUAGGAGCAAAUGCAAUGGUUUGACAUCAGAAUUGAAGCAUUUUUGGGAGCAGGGUUUACCUACUAGAUAG